AUGUUUCAGCCGGUUGUUGCUCACACUACGAGUACUGCGUUUCGUGCUAUGAUCCAGUCUACAUCGGGACAUCGUUUACGGCAAAUUCUCUCAGCCACUGACCAAUUUGAGCUAUGCAUGCUCAAAUGCCGCACUUCUUCAAAUAGUGUUCAUUCGGAAAACAAGUAUAAAAGUGAAAGGCUGAAGUAUUGCUACAAGCAAGAGCCAGAGCAUCCGUUCUUACGAUAA